AUGGCGACACUCACCCAGAAACAGGUGCGGUUAAUCAGCGGGCUGGCGACCGAGUACGUUGCCAAUUAUGACCGGGUGGUGGAGAACUACCUUGACCUACGCCGGGACAUUUUUGAAGUGUAUUUGGCCCGCCAGCGUGGCGAUAGUGUCGACGAUGACCGCGUCGACACCCUACGGCAACGCCUCGAAUUGAGCCGACGAGAGUUCACCGCCCACAUCCAGGGGCUUAUCAGCUUGAUUGAGUACCAUGAACACUUGAAAGAGACCGAGGAAAACGGGCUAAACCCGGAUUUGGUCGGGUACCAACAACGGAUCAAAGAACAGCACCAGGCGAUUGAAAAGCAACAGCAGGAAGUGGAACGACAGAUUACCGAGAUUAAUGAAGUGCACAAACCUUUACUUGAUAAGCUCCAGACCUACGUGACUUAUUUUGACCCCAAACAGAAAGGACAACUUCCGAAAUGGAUCGGCGAGCGGCUUAAACUUACGCGUGAAGAGGUAUUGCUGCUAUUUGACGAAGAGCCUCGCAUCCAGCAACUCGCGGGUGAAUUGCUUGACCGCAGCGAGCUGAAGGAGUCGAGAGGAGCCAUCAGUUACGACCAGAUUCUCCGAAAAGAACACAAAUCCGGCACGUAUUAUUACGAUACCCGGAAGCACGCCAAAGCGGCUAACAUCAACGACAUUUCCGAAGCCGCCAUCGCCGAGGCCGAGAAGGAAAUCCUCCGUCUAGACGACGAGACUGCCGCCCAGCGGGACCUGUGGAAGGCCAACGCCCACCGCCUUCUCCAGCUUGAAGGCGCCUUGCAAAACAAUAAUUAA